AUGCUUGUUGGAUAUGCUUAUGAUAAAGAAUCAGUCAUUUAUGGAAUCUUCUCUCAGAAUCAAUCAUUUAGUGGAAUCUUCUCUCAGAAUCAACCAUCUAUGGGAAUCUUCUCGCUUCUGAUUUAUUAUUUUGCAAAAGCUGAUACGCAUGCAUAUCAAACUAAUCCUCAUGCAUACAUUACAAAGCUUGAUCGAUAUUGUUAUGUAGCAAUAGGGAUAGCAGCAGAAGCAACAACAACAACAACAACAACAACAGCAAGACAACAACAACAACAACAACAACAACAACAACGACAACAACAACAAUAA